CCACGUCAACUCAGUGCCAUGUCAUCUCAGACACAGUGCCACGUCAGCAGUGCCAUGUCAGACACAGUGCCACAUCAGCAGUGCCACGGCAGACACAGUGCCACGGCAGCAGUACCACGUCAGACAGUGCCACGUCAGACAGUGCCACGUCAGCAGUGUCACGUAAGCAGUGCCACGUCAGACACUGCCACGUCAAACAUAGUGCCACGUCAGCAACAUGACGGGCCCAGCUCAGGGCAUGCCAGGCACACUGCCACGUUAGCAGUGUCACGUCAAACACAGUGCCAUGUCAGCUCAGACACAGUGCCACGUCAGCAUUCCCACGUCAGCAGUGCCACGUCAGACACAGUGCCACGUCAGCUCAGACACAGUGCCACGCCAGCAGUGCCACGUCAGCUCAGACUCAGAUGCAGUGCCACGUCAGCAGUGCCACGUCAGCUCAGACACAGUGCCACAUCAGCAGUGCCACGUCUGACACAGUGCCACGUCAGACACAGUGCCAUGUCAAACACAGUGGCACGUCAGACACAAUGCCACGUCAGCAACAUGACGGGCCCGGCUCAGGGCAGUGUCUCGUCUGGCGAGUGUCGGUUCUUGUUCUGUCUGCACCUUUACGGUGUGGAACAUUUGCUGCGAGACGUGAAGGAUGCGACGGUUAGCACGCUAGCAACAGAAGUGAGUGUCUUUGGCAAUAUGACUCUUUUCCCCGGUCUCGUAUCUGAUCGACCACUUGCUCCUCAUCCGUCAUCACUGGUGACUUGCGUUGUAAUCACUCCAGAAAGUCGGUUGAGGGUGUUGCCAGUUCUGGGCUCGCCAGCAACACCAAUCGUCUCCAUCAUCGUUCGAAAGAGGGGACCGCUAAUCAACAAUGGCGAUGAGACGCGCACGGAUGUCGCGACGGCCCACGCACCGCGGCCACCCACGGAAAGUGGAGGCGGAUGGGAGGUAUCGCUCCCGGCAAGCUACAUGGUCCGAGGAAUUGACACUGAAUGGAGAGUCGUGACCUUGGGAAGGGACCAGGCGUUCAUGAUGGUAGAAUGCUUGUGGAGUGGGACGAGGUUCGAUAGGGAACCAGGGGACGACCUGUAUAUCGAUCUAAAGUGGGGAAAGAUAGAGGAUAAGAGUGUCAGUCAUCGUAACGCGAAGGGCGACGAUGAGUGCGCUGUGGACGCUCGGAGGCGACCGUUUGCGGCUGAGGAACUACCUCAGAGGAAACGAGCGCGUCCUCAGCAAUCUCCUCAGCCGGAGGAGGAGGAAGAGGAUGAAUUGUUUGACCGUCUGGCAGGCAACCGCUUCUUCACGAAGAUCGAUCUUCGUAGCGGUUACCACCAGAUCCGCGUUGCCACAGAGGAUCAGCCGAAGACCGCCUUCCGAUCGCGCUUCGGCCACUACGAGUUCACGGUGAUGCCAUUCGGCCUCACCAAUGCACCCGCCACCUUCCAGACGACGAUGAACGACAUCUUCAGGGACAUCCUUGAAGAAUGCGUUCUCGUAUACCUGGACGACAUCGUGGUCUACAGUCGUACCUUAGAAGACCAUCUCAGACACCUCCGCGGUGUCCUACAAUGCUUACGCAAGCAUGGCUUCUAUGCCAAGCUCAGUAAGUGCCGCUUUGCCCAGCGCAAAGUGGACUUCCUAGGACACCAUGUGUCUGACCAGGGUCUUCACAUGGACGACGCGAAGAUCACUGCUAUUGCAGAGUGGCCCGUCCCCACAUCUGCCAAGCAGCUUCGCAGUUUCCUAGGCCUCACCAGCUACUAUAGUAAUUUUAUCCAGGGAUGCGCUAGGUAUUCCUACGUCCUUACCUCUACCUUCCUCCGGAAGAACCUGGCGUGGUUUUGGACACCCCUGUGCGAGGACGCCUUUCGCGCCCUCAAGAAGGCAGUGACCUGUGCGCCAGUUCUUCGCUUUCCCGAUUUUGAUCGUCCCUUUAUCGUCACCACCGAUGCGUCAGAUUUUGCUGUAGGAGCUGUUCUUUCUCAGCCUGCUGCAUCUUCUGUUCAUAUCGAUAAGCAAAUUCUAAGGUAUGGUCUGUACGAGUUUGUGGUGAUGCCUUUUGGCCUUUGCAAUGCUCCUGGCACCUUUCAGCACGCUAUGAAUCGGAUAUUCCAUGACUACUUGGAUAAGUUUGUCAUUGUGUACCUCAAUGACAUACUUAUUUUUAGUAAGACUGUCGAGGAGCACGUUGCACAUUUGGACAAAGUCCUUAGUCUCCUGCGACAGCACAAGUUCAAGAUCAACGGCGAGAAGUGCGAGUUUGGCCUCACCCGUGUCUUGUACUUGCGUCAUGUGAUAUCCGCGGAAGGGUUGAAGCCCGAUGACGCGAAGAUGGCCAGCAUUCGUGAUUGGCCACGUCCUCAGUCUGUGACUGAGAUGAGAUCUUUCUUAGGAAUGACAGGCUACUAUAGGACUUUCGUUAAGAACUAUAGCAUAGUGGCCGCUCCGUUGAUUGAUCUGUCCCGCCUUGACACCCCAUGGGAGUGGACAGAUGAGUGCGAGGCUGCUUUCAGACAUCUGAAGCAUGCGUUGACGCACUACGAGGUCUUGAAACUUUCUGAUCCUGAUAAGCCGUUUAUAGUCACCACGGAUGCCAACCAAUAUGGUAUUGGCGCCGUGCUCGCUGAUCAUCAAACCCUGAGAUGGAUGAGAACUCAGUCGGUGCUCUCUGACGCUCUCAAGCGUUGGAUCGAAGUCAUUGAGCAAUAUGACUUUGACGCUCAGUAUCUAAAAGGGGAGUACAACAAGGUUGUUGAUGCCUUGUCGCGUAGACCUGAUUUAUCAGGUGCGCUGAUUACUGAGUUCGAUCUGACGGACAAUGUUACUCAGUCCUUGGUGGAAGCCUAUCGCGAGGACCAAUUCAUGUCUGAGAUCAUACGCAGACUCCAAGCGAAGGACAAGAAGACCUCUGCCGAGUUUGAAUUGGUCAAUGGCUUGUUGUUCCUUGAGAAGGCAGGGAAUAAACGAUUGUGUGUCCCUAAUAGCGAGUCUUUGCGUAGUUUAUUUUUAGGUGAAUGUCAUGAUGCCACCAGUCAUUUUGGGUACAAAAAGACCGCAGUUAAUCUGCUGCAGCGAUUCUGGUGGCCCGCGAUGAUGAGAGAUGCUCAGCUGUACGUGGAGACGUGUCAAGUUUGUCAGAGAGACGAGCCACGUACACAGGCCCCUCUUGGGCUCUUGAAGUCGCUUCCGAUUCCGGAAAGGCCUGGCAGGGUGGCGCUGGUGGAGGUGGAGAUGGUGGAUAUGACGACGACGAAGGUCCUCCGAAGGAGAGGGACAAAAAGGCAGAUCCUAAUCAGGCGAAAGGGAAAGAAAGGAGGGAAGAUGAAGGUGAAGCUUCCGUGGACGUACAUCGGGAAGGAGGAUAAAUUUUACCAGUGGGAGGUGCAUAUGGGCACGUAUCUGUUGAUUCCGUAUUGGGACCGUGUCUUGAUGGCGAGCUCGUGCCUUGGUGGGGAUGUAACCAAUUUUGCCAUCUCCUUGAUGGAGGAGGCAGGUUGCGCCUCCAUGGUGGAAUACUCUAAGCGCACUCAUAUAGAAGAUUUCUUCAAGGCCUUGAACGAGAGGUUCGAAGACAAGGACCUGGCCCGAUGCACUGAACACCCGAUCCUUAAUAUUGGUGAUAGAAAAUGGAAAAGUGUCGUUGCAUUGAAAACCACCAUGGAUGAGUUGUUGCAAUGUCCCGAUCACGGUCCAACCCCCACUCAUAUUCUCAACAACUUCGCGAGAGCGAUGCCUGAUCCCCUGAGGACCACUCUGUACCGCCGUACAAAGGAGGACAACACGACUUACGAGAAAUUUGAUCCUUCUCUGGAUUCUGAUCCCACUCAGCAAACCUCUCCUGAGACCCCAUCUGAUGCUGAUUCCAAGGUUGAGAAAAUACACAUCCUAUACAAGGAGCCUUGGGUAGAGUCGGAAGAAAUUGACUUCCAUGCUCUGUCGAUGCGUUGGGCUCAUAUGAAGCAAGAACGAGCGCAAGGGAGAACGAAGUUGAUUUUCUCCAAACUCUACAUUAAUGGCCGUUACAUCCGUGUGUUGGCUGAUUGUGGUGCAACCGCCAACUACUUCUCACCGCACGGCAUUCGUAAGGCACGCUUGGGGAUGAAGCAAGUGACCUUGCAGAAUCCUUGCCGGACCCAAGUGGGCAACCGAGAGGUUGUCACAUCUACGCAUGAAGUCAAAGGUGUGCGCACUACCUUUGACGCUGACCGCACGAUCACGCAUGAACUGAACUUCUAUGUCCUUGAUCAGUGCCCCUUCGACGCGGUUAUUGGCUUGGGCUGGUUGCAGGCCCAAUGUGAAAGAACCACGUGGAAGGACUCACAAUUCAUGGUCAAAGAUGCCAUGGGGAUCGAGCGUCCAGUUCUCUUGGAUGAGUCGCGUGAGUCCCAAGUAACUUUUCUCAAUGCAAUGCAAUUCUGCAAAAAGUGGCGCAGGCGCAAAGUUGAUGAGCAAAUGUAUAUAGCCUUUGUUAGGCCUGCUCAUGUGCCUUCCAUUUUUGCUGUACAUAACAAUUUUACCUUGCAUGCUGUUUCUACUUCUUAUGCAACUACUUCUACCUCUACUAAAUCCAUCUCUAAACCAAAUGACUUUAUUUCUAAUCCUGUGGUGUUGGUUGCACCUAUUACAUCCGAUAUGGUUGCUUCUGAGAGUGAUGAUCCCCCUCCGGAAGUUCCGUCGGAAAUUCGCAACCUUCUCACUGAAGUCUUGGCCGAACCGCAUGGAGCUCCCAUGCGUCCGGUCCGACACAAGAUCGAGUUGAUUGAAGGUAACACUCCUCCAAAAGGUUGUGUCUAUCGAAUGGGCUCAGGCGAAUUGGAGGAGUUGCGAAGGCAGAUUGAUGAUAUGAUUGGGAAGGGAUGGAUCAAACCGAGUGAGUCUGAGUUUGGUGCACCGGUUCUGUUUGUCCCUAAGAAAGGAGGCAAACUACGGAUGUGUAUUGAUUACCGCGGAUUGAACCGAAUCACAAGAAAGAAUGCAUAUCCUUUGCCACGUAUUGAUGAUUUGCUUGAUGCUGCAGGUGGAUGCAAGGUCUUCAGCAAGAUCGAUCUCAAGUCUGGCUAUCACCAGAUUGAAAUCGAUCCCGCAGACCAGCAUAAAACUGCAUUCAAAACUCGCGAUGGGCUGUACGAAUUUACAGUCAUGCCCUUCGGUCUCACGAAUGCGCCAGCCACCUUUGAAAGUCUCAUGGACAAGGUAUUUCGCAAUCAGAUCAACCGAUUUGUUGCUGUAUAUCUGGAUGACAUACUACUCUUCAGCAAAUCGAUGGAGGAGCACAUGAGACACCUUGAGGAAGUGAUGUAGAUCCUUAAGGACGCGCAACUCCAUCUCAACUUGGAGAAAUCUGAGUUUGGGAGGGACAGCGUCAUUUACCUUGGACAUCG